GGCUGAGCUGGUCACGCGCCCCCGGUGGUGGCUGAGCUUGAAUUAUGCCAAGCUCUGCUAAUGUAAAUAACUUUUGCAAGGUGUUCCUCUGAAAGCAGUAGUGGGGAGAGGACUUCACCUCCCUUGCUUUGUGUUCUUGUAAGCUAAAUUCUGCCAAAGCUUUAGGUAUUCUCUUUCCUUUCACUGAUUUAUUUUUUUUAACUUGAGAUUACAUAACUGUGUGUAUAUUAGGUAAAGAAUAUAAGAGAGAUUACGGUGUCCAAAUGCUCAGCUUUCCCUCCCGUAUCACUUCCUGUGACAUUUAUUCUACCUUGUAAUAAUAUAGGGCCUUGGGUGAAGUUCUUGGUCAUGUUCCUUGUGUUAGAAACACAUUAACGCCUAAGUCGGGGUGCCCGGGUGGCUGGCUCAGUCUGUUGAGCGUCCAACUUCGGCUCAGGUCACGAUCUCGCAGUUUGUGAGUCCGAGCCCCACGUCAGGCUCUGUGUUGCCAGCGCAGAGCCGGCUUCAGAUCUCUGUCCCCCUCUUUUUGCCCCUCCCCUGCUCACGUGUGUGUGUGUGUGUGUGUGUGUGUGUGUGCGCGCGAGCUCUCACUUUCUCAAAAACAAAUAAAAACAUUAAAAAGAAAAAAAAGAAACACAUUAAUACCUAAGUUAAUACACAAGUAUACCAUUCAGGGGGUUUCGUAGCCAGUGUUUGGGGGCUCUUCAUUUAUUCCUGCUUUUUAGGUUCCCAAGGAGGUAGUCUGUGUUUUUUAUAUUGUAUUUUCUCUGCUGCUCUCCCAAGUUGGCCUUCUCGAGCAACGGGUAACAAAUGUCACCCCAAGUGAUGUCAGGCAAAAUGCCCUUUAGUUUUAGUUUCUGUUGGGGAUGUGCCCCUUGGUGGCCAGUUUGGCUGGUGGAGUGUCUUUUAUAUUAUUUAGUGAGCUUGUGUAUUCUCUUGGGGGUUGCAAGAAUGGCUUUUCUCCCGGGUGAGCGAGGCCGUGGUUUUAGCUGACAGCCUGCUGUUUGCCCUGCGGGGCUGGUGCUCCGGGCCCACCUGCCCAUGCGAGUUGGUCCACAGGUUCCUCCUAACCCUGGGUGCCUGAGGUCAGCUUACGAGCAUUCUACUGUCUAAGUCCAGUUACUAGAAACCCCAAACAGGUCUAGGCUUUGUAGGCACGUGCGGUGUUAGGUCAGCGAAGCCAGCCUGACCGUGGGGGCCUCGCGAAGAGCUGUUCCGUUUGUCGGCAUGUUGCAGCAUCUCAGGGGGACCUGGGAAUGGUUUUAACUAGACCAAAUGUGAUUCGUAUCCUUUUUUUUGUUUUCUAGAUCUCGUGAGCUUUUUUCCAUUGAUCUUGUCAAACUUGCUUGUAAAUUAAAUUGCUUUGAUAAAAAUGUCCUGGGGUUGGAGUAGUGUAGACACCUGUAAUCAGUGUGAUGGAUUCUUUAAUUAAAAUAUUUGUUGCUAAUUGACUGGCUUAGGCUUCUUUACCAUCAGUAUUACCAGAUGCUCAAUUUUGUAUUGUUGGACGUGGGCAUUGAGUUUUAUCUGUCGUGGCUUUGUGGAGGGCUGGGCUGCCAGACUCGGAAGCGUGGGGACCAGCGUGGGCUCUUAAAAGGUCGCAGAGCGCCUACUGCUGUGCGCAGGGGAAAUCACACGUCCCAGGUAGUGCAGGGAUUGGGAAUGUCGCAAGUGUGUGCAGUUCCGUGUGGGGCAGCGGUUGCUUGGUUUUGUAACGUAGGGAUCUUGAAGGGUUGGGAAUGCUGUCACGCAUUUGAUGAAAAGGAAGUUUUGGGGGGAAGUGUUAUCAGAAAGAUACUUUUUUUAAGGAAGAAUUCAUAGUAUAUGCCAAAAAUUGACAGUUAAUAUAAUCAUUGUUUUCCUGACUGAAAUACAAGUUCAGUGUGUGUCGUUUGGGAAAUACAGAAGUCACCUAUAAUUCCACCAGGCAGUGCUUUGUUGUUUCUCCUGUCAGUACGUUUUCCACGUCUCCUAUUCGUGCAUGUGGGAGUGGUGCUGAAACUAGACAGGAGUUUGUGAGAUGCUGAAAUAUAUGCUUGAUUUUGUACUUUAAAAAUAGUCUGCUUUUCUGCAUCUGUAUCCUUUUCUGUGCUGUAAAAUGAAAAACACGUAUUAACAACCACAAAAUUCCUCUGGAGGAAAGUUUGUCUCCGUACUUUUGCAAGAGAAGACAUGCAUUGAGGAUCUGAAUUUUUAAAUAAGAUAACAUGGUCUUUAGCUGUGUAAAUCGUGUCAGUUACUAGUUCUAGGCCAUCCAAAUAGUGGCUGGCUUUCUGGAGAUCCCAGAGUUAGGCGGAAACGAAGCGUCUGCCAGUUGUAAGGAAACGUCAGUGUCCACGAGACGCAUUUGAGUCUCCUGAUACAAAUGUCGUUUGGCAAUAGAAAGCAGGAGAGUGGGAUUUUCAGACUCAGCAUUUGUCUGCGAAAGUGCUUUGCAAAGGGCUCUGCAAACGUGCGUGCUCCCUGAGGUUGAGCGUUAGAGCGGCCGUCCGGGGUGCUUGCCGCCGUAAAAUCGAGAGGUUCCAUACGUGCGCCACAGAGGACUUUGCCCCUGGGGCACUCUGAUUUCACAGCCAGGUCAGACUUUGCUGAGGUGCGACGGGCACGGGCAGACACAGCACAGACGGUGGCUAGCGGCUCCCAAAGAAGCGUGGUUGCUCAUCGCGGUAACUUGUUUCGGUGCCGUGACAGUUGGGCUUAUUACAAAGUGCCCGGGUGCCUGGAGGGGAGAUGCUUCUUUACACGAAGUCAUCGUGUCUCUUGGAAACAAAGGACUCGAGCGCUGGUCUUGGAAUGAAACAGGUGCCUGCAUCGACUACUGGAUGGAGAAGGACUGCGAGAUCGUUCCUCAUUCCUUCCUCCUUCCUUCAGUACACAGUGUGUACUGUGUACUGUGUGUGUACCGCGUGUGUACCGUGUGUGUACGGGGUAUAUACUGCGUGUGUACUGUGUGUGCUGCAUGUGUAUUGGGUGUACUGUAUACUGUGUGUACUGUGUGUGUGCUGCGUGUGCUGUGUGUGUAUGGUGUACUGUGUGUACUACGGGUGUAAUGUGUGUGUACUGUGUGUGUACUGGGUGUACUCUGUGUGCUGCAUGUGUAUUGGAUGUACUCUGGAUGUACUGUGUGUACUGCAUGUAUACUGCGUGUGUACUCUGUACUGCGUAUGUACUGUGUGUACUGGGGGUGUACUGGGUAUACUCUGGGUGUGUUCUGUGUACUGCAUGUGUACUGUGUGUGUAUUCUGUGUACUACAUAUAUACUGUGUGUACCACAUGUGUACUGCGUGUGUACUGUGGGUAUACUGUGUGUGAACCGCGUGUGUACUGUGUGUGCUGCAUGUGUAUUGGGUGUACUGUAUACUGUGUGUACUAUGUGUGUGCUGCGUGGGCUGCGUGUGCUGUGUGUGUACUGUGUACUGUUUGUACUACGGGUGUAAUGUGUGUGUACUGGGUAUACUCUGUGUGUGCUGCAUGUGUAUUGGAUGUACUCUGGAUAUACUGUGUGUACUGCAUGUGUACCAUGUGUGUACUCUGUGUGUACUGUGUGUGUACUGUGUGUGUACUGUGUACUGCAUAUGUACUGUGUGUACUGGGUGUGUACUGUGUGUACUAUGGGUGUAGCAUGUGUGUACUCUGGGUGUACUCUGGGUGUGCUGUGUGUACCGCGUGUGUACCGUGUGUGUACUGUAUACUGUGUGUACUGAGUGCGUACUGCAUGUAUACUGCGUGUGUACUCUGUACUACAUAUACACUGUGUGUACCACAUGUGUACUGCCUGUGUACUGUGGGUAUACUGUAUGUGAAGUGCGUGUGUACUGUGUGCAUAGUACGGGUGUAUUGUGUGUAUACUGCAGUGUUCUGUGGGUGGACUAGGUUGUACUUGAUGAAACUCAGUUGUCUACGUACAUGAUCCAUUUGUGUGUGUGUGUGUGUGUGUGUGUGUGCGUGUGUAUUUAUUUUUGGGAGAGAGAGAGUGCAUGUGCGUGGGGGCAGGAAGGGUAAAGAGAGAGAAUCCCAAGCAGGGUCUGCACCCGCAGUGUGGAACCUGACCUGGGGCUCAAACUCAAAAACCGUGAGAUCGUGACCUGAGCUGAAAUCAAGAGCUGGAUGCCUAACCAACUGAGCCUCCCAGGUGCCCCUGCGGGAUCUAUUUGGUAAGUGGGGUUGUAAAAAGCAGCUUUAUCGAGGGACGCCUGGGUGGCUCAGUCGGUUGAGCUUCCAGCUUCGGCUCAGGUCACGAUCUCACGGUCCCUGAGUUGGAGCCCCGCGUCGGGCUCUGUGCUGACAGCUCGGAGCCUGGAGCCCGCUUCGGAUUCUGUGUCUCCCUCUCUCUCUGCCCCUCCCCCACUCACACUGUCUCUGCCUCUCAAAAAUCAAUAAAUGUUAAAAAAAAAAACUUUUUUAAAAGCAGCUUUAUCGAGUGAUACUUCACAUACCAUAUAGUUCACCUCCGGGAGGGGGGACUUCCAGGGGAUCCUUAUCGAGGCCUAGAGCUCAUGUCUGCAGCUAAUCCUAAGCCUUGCUGGAUGUGUAACGGAGAUGUGCUGGUGGGAACUGCGCGCCGGUCCACACGAUACAGUUACAUAUCAAAGGAGCGAAUGUGACCCAUCGAGUGUGUGAUGUUGCAGGUGCCUGUGUAUGAUCAGUGAGUUCCAUGGCAUUACUUUCGAGGCAGCUGGGGGCUGGGGUUGACUAUUUAGAGGUUAUUUUGAUUCUGACCAGAACGGUCAAUGUGAUACAACGAGAGGCUGGUACUUCUAACACACGGUACCUCUGCUGGAACCGAUCCAUCACUCCUCUGCUUCUCCCUGUACUUCAGGGUUAUUGGACACGGCUGGCCAGGACUCAGAUUGCAGCUUUGGUUUAUUAACUUGUGACUCUCUUUGUCCCAAUGACACUGUUCCUCACUAACAUUCUC